GAAAAUUAGUUAACACCAUACCGCUAUAUGUACCGUAUCCUGAAAUUUUCCGCUUUAAUUCGAUUCACAUUGUACUCUAGUCCACUAUAUCAGAAUGGCUUUGCUGUUGAUGAUAGCGGUCAAUGUACUGGUGGUCACCAGUAAACUGAAUUUAGCGAACGCAAAAGGACCUCACCACCCGGGAGGUGGCUAUUCGGCUAGGAGUCGUAAACUGGACGAACAUUUGCAUGCCAAAGAUAAUCACAUUCAGCAGGACUUGAAACAUCUUUCCAUUGAUGACGAUGAGCUGGCAAAAAUGUCGGAUGAGGAGAAAAACUUUUAUUUUUUCAAACUCCACGACUCUGACAAUAACGACCAUCUUGAUGGACUGGAAAUUCUUCAUGCUGCCACGCAUCACGCAGACGGUCAUGUGCACAAACUGGACCGCGAAGAUGAAUCCGAAUCUGGUGAAAAUUCCGUGAUCGAUGUCAUCGAUGACUUCAUAGCGUACGCCGACUUGGAUCAAAAUGGUUUACUAACAUAUCCCGAGUAUAUGAAAGCCAUCAACAACGAUGAAUGGAAUAAAGUAGUCGAACCUACUGAGCCUUCGCUAGAUUCCAGUUAGAUUUAGCGUUAUUAUUCGUAUCACUUUUUUUAUUAGUGUCAAAUUAUGUAUGUUAAACUAAACUAAUCGUGGUGCCACUAAAGAUAGCAAGGAUAAAUCAAAUCGCAUGGUGCACCCUGUAAUCCUUCCAUAACAGCCCGAUCCAGGUUCAACAGCAUUCGAUUGUAUUUACCGUUUCUCGGAAUUUCCGGAUCGAAUAUUUCGGCACCUUGAACCAGCGCGUGGGCGGCUCUUGCGUAUUCAUUCGCCGUGCGAGGGGAUCGACAAGCGGACUGCAACAUACAUCCAUCCUGGCCGGAACCUUCGGCAGCCAGGUAGCCAAUCAGUAGACCAGUUUCGCCGGGUUGGAAAAACGAUAUGCCUGUGUAAUAAACACAACAACAAAACAAAAUCAGAAAAUUGUGCGAUUAUGACAUCCAUCAUCGUAGUGCUGAAAUUGCACAAUCUUUCCUUGUGACUGUUGGUUUAUCGGUUGCCAGCUCACGCCCAAUUUACGCAGAUAAUCUACCGGGCGCAAUUGUGUUCAUGGCUGUGCAAACGAUAAACAAUAGGCCAUUCUCUGUAUCAUGAAUUGCCGGUUUUUCCCCGUUUGGGUCUGCCAUUUACUUACCAUUUUCGCUUCUUCCACGUGCGUAACUACCCCAAUUUCCGGCUCCAAUCAGACCAGCUGCGAAAAUAAGAGCCUUCAGCAGGAACAAUAUCAGCAGGUUGGUGAGGUUCAAGCUAAGCACCUGGCCGGAAAAUAAGUGCAUGUCAAAUAUCAGUUAAUUCGUUUGCUAACAUUAGUGUUCUGUUUUUUGGUUCUGAUUGCUUCUGCAAUCAUUUUUCCAAUUAAGUUUAAAACCUACUUGGAAAAAGCUUUAUAUUUAAACAUCAACAAUGUUAAUAGCCAUUGAGUGGCAAUACAUUUGUCUGGUUGAUUAAUUAAUUGAGCAAACGUGUCACUUAAAAACUGUAUGGUUCGAAAAUCCUCGCAGAAAAAUGCUCAGAAACUGAGUUGAGAAACGAAAAAAAAGCUCAUAUAACUAGUACGUAACUUCAUGUAACUGCCGCGUAACCUUGCUUUUCUAAAUCAUUAAACUUCGAGACGAACGUCAUAAUUAAGUUGAAAUGAGUAACCGGACAAAGUUGUGAUCUAGCUCUAAACUAAACAGAAGGGAAAAUGCAAAUAAACUUAACGAAUUGAGUAAAAAAAUUGCCAUCUAUAUCUUUGUAAGCGCAUCACGUAAGAACGGAUGGACGGAUUUACAAGAUUCUUUUUUUGUUUGAUCAGUGUCUAUCCCCACCGGGUUCGUACAUAGAAAAUUAAGAAAAUUCGCCGGAAAAGUGGGAAAAAUCCAUUAAGUUGUUUUGUAUGGACAAUGGAAUUUUCCAUUGAAAAAGUCGCCAAUGAUUGCUAGAUCAUCGAUAGGUGUUUGGCGCAUAACGAGUUGCAAAAGUCUUGGGCCGUCGAAGGAAAGAAUACUAGAUCGGUGAAAAAGUUGUUUGGCGUGCAACGGGUUUUUUUUUAUUCAAUAGUAUAAUAUAUUUUUAGGCACACUGCUUAAGCUCUAAGAUGCCAAGGGGGUGUGCAACGAGUUAUUUUGUAUGGAGAUUUCACAUGCACACUUGAUCCAUGUGAUUUAUCAUUUCUAGCCACGUGCUUAAUUGGGUAUCAAAAUUAUUGCUUGUUAAAUGACUCCAGGACGAAAUGCUUAUGACUGUUCUAGGAAACCACUGUAGACAGGAGAAGAAGUUCACCGGAUAUCAUUCACCAGUUGAUGAAUUGGGGCGAGUUUAACAAAUCAGAAAUUUUUGCAAUGGAUCAAUGAAAAGGUCAAACUAAGAGAUUUUCCAUACAUUUUUCUAUCUAAUGAUUUAGAUUAGACUGAAUGUUCAAUGAUGAUUACAACAAUGUAUUUAGACUACCAUUUUAUAUUUCAUAUUCUGUGAAGAUUGUUCAAAUUCGUAAAAUCAAUAUCAAAUUAAAAUUUGAGCGUCGUCUCUCCAAGCAACCAAAAGUUCCACAGUACCUGAUAAUAUCCACUUUAUUAGAACUCUAAAGUACGCAUGGUACUUUUUAGCAACUUGAACGUACAGAACAAGUUCUGAGAAAACUUUUUUCGGCGUUUAAAAGCUGCUUCAAAGUUAGUUCUGUCGGGUGUACAUUCACGUUUGAGUAAUUCCUUAAAAACGGAGUAUUCAGAAUGCUUUGUACUCAGCUUAAGCUGAAUCUUUUUUAACGAACUUUUGCUUACUUGGGCUAAAUA